AUUUUGUUCGAGAGCGGCAACAAUGGCGGUUUCCACACGCAUGGCACUCCUGCUCACCCUUUGCGUCCUCGGUUGCUGCGUGUUCGCCCCGUCCUUGGCUGCCUCCGGCGACUUCCUCCAGUGCCUCUCGUCGAGCGUCCCCAGCGAGCGCGUGUUCACGCCGAGCUCGCCGUCGUUCACUUCGGUCCUGGUGUCGUCGAUCCGGAACCCCAAGUUCUUCACCCCGGCCACGGUGAGGCCGCUCUGCAUCGUGACGCCCACCAACGCGUCCCACGUCCAGGCCGCGGUGCUCUGCGGCCGCCGCCACGACGUGCGCGUCCGCGUGCGCAGCGGCGGGCACGACUACGAGGGGCUCUCUUACCGGUCCGAGCGCCCCGAGGUGUUCGCGGUGGUCGACCUCGCCAACCUCCGCGCCGUGCGCGUCGACCGCGUCGCGGCCACCGCGUGGGUGGACUCGGGCGCGACGGUCGGGGAGCUGUACUACGCCGUCGCGAAGGCGGCGCCCGGGCUCGCGUUCCCGGCCGGCGUGUGCUCGACCAUGGGCCUGGGCGGCCACUUCAGCGGCGGCGGCAUGGGCAUGAUGAUGCGCAAGUACGGCCUCUCCAUCGACAACGUCCUCGACGCCACGCUGGUCGACGCCAACGGGAGGCUCCUGGACAAGGAGGCCAUGGGGAGCGACCUCUUCUGGGCCAUCCGCGGCGGCGGCGGCGGGAACUUCGGCAUCGUGCUGUCGUGGAAGAUCAGGCUGGUACCUGUCCCGUCGACGGUGACGUUCUCCAACAUCCAAAAGACCAUUGACCAGGGCGCGGCCAGCGCCGUGACCAAAUGGCAAACGCUCGCGCCGGCCCUCCCCGAGGACCUCAGCAUACGGGUGAUCGUGCAGAACCAGCAGGCCCUCUUCCAGACCCUGUAUCUCGGCGGCUGCAGCGCGCUGGUGCGCGCGAUGAGCAGCCUGUUCCCGGAGCUCGGCAUGACGCGCGCCGACUGCCGGGAGAUGAGCUGGCUGCAGUCCACGGUCUACAUCAACUCCGGCGACAUCAAGACGCCGGUGGAGACGCUCCUCAACCGGACGACCAGCCUGAGCACGUUCACCAAGAACAAGUCCGACUACGUCAAGCAAGCCAUCACAAAGGACACGUGGGACAAGAUCUUCCCCUGGUUCAACGGCUCCGCCGCGGGGCUCAUGAUCCUGGAGCCUCACGGCGGAAGGGUCGGCAGCAUCGCCGAUGCGGACACGCCAUACCCUCACCGGAGCGGCGUGCUCUACAACAUCCAGUACGUCGCGUUCUGGACGGGCAACGGCACGGACGGGCCGGACUGGAUCAGCGGUCUGUACAACUUCAUGGAGCCGUUCGUUAGCAAGAGCCCGAGGGGCGCGUACGUGAACUACCGGGACCUGGACAUCGGGGAGAACACGGUGGUCGGCGGUGUCACGAGCUACGACAGCGGCAAGGUGUGGGGUGAGAGUUACUUCGGAGGCAACUUCGAGAGACUCGCCAUCACCAAGGGGAAGGUGGACGCCGGCGACUACUUCAGAAACGAGCAGAGCGUUCCGCCACUUCUCUCGAGGAAGUGAAAGUGUAACCUGGCCAGUCCAAUUUGAAGACAUUGAACUAUAGCAGUGGUUAUAAAAUACUAGUAUGGCUUAUAAUGGAAGAUCCAUGAUAGCUAUUACCUCUGCCAAAAUAUACGACGUUUCUUUUACUAGUUUAGCUUUAAAAAACGUAUUAGUACUAGUUAUACUAAAAAUGGUUGCAGUAUAUUUUCUGAGAUUUGAUUUUAUUGUAUAAACAUGAAUAUUUGAAUUAAUAAUAUAUUACAUAUAUUUCACACCAUA